AGCAGGAAAAAAAAACUCUUUCUAAUGUCAUAACAUUGUUGAAAAUACGUUAAAAUGCGUUUUAAAUGGUCGCAGGGACUUGGUUCAUCCUGAGGAGAGUGAGAAAAAAAUCUCCUUCAUCUCCAUGUUUGUCUUUUGAUGCUGAUAGUAUGUAAGAAUACAUUUUAUGUCAAAUGUUCCUUCCCUUCUGGAGUCGGUUCUAACCUUUUGUUUUGACAUGAUUUGGGACAAAUAACACCUUGCUAUGGAUUUGAUAUUGAUGCUUUUGUGUAUGCUGGUUGGAGCUGUGGCAGUGCUUGCUGCUGAGUGGUACAUCUUCCAGAGAUUUCUUUUGAGCCAGCCCGAAGUAGAACCACCCAAACAGCCUUUUGCAGUCUCUGCCCCUUUCUGUUUGCCAAAGCACAUCUUAGACGCUCUUCAAAAUAGAAAUCUCUCUAAGCAAGAAUCGUGUUUGGGUAUCAGCUUGCUUCUGCAGUUUCUUUUCCAAGAGCUUCGUCACACUGAAAGAGUGCGCAACUGGUUCCACCGAAAACUAUCCCUUGAAUUUGAGGAACUUCUAACCAGGACGACUACUGGGAAACUUUUUGAUUUCAUAGCUGUACGAGAUUUAAACUUGGGUUCCCAUUUUCCAACCAUUAGAAGUGUUGAGGUUCGUCAAGUUUCUCAGGAUCCUGUUCACCACCGCAUUGACACUCUUGAAUUAUGUCUUGAUAUACACUAUAGUGGGUCAUUCCAGCUUUCUCUGGAUGCUAAUUUAGUCUUGGGACGUGCUGCAUAUUUAUCUGUCACAGUACAUGAGCUAGUUGGUAUGGCUCGCCUCCAGUUUACACGGUUGCCUUACACGCAUUGGUCUAUAAGCUUCUAUUCUGAACCUGUUCUGCAAUUGGAGGUUGAAAGCCAAUUUCAGGGCCGUCCACUACCUCAAAUCACAAACAUAAUCGUCAAUCAGAUACGAAAGUCUUUGAAACGGAAGCAUACCUUGCCAAACUUCAAGUUGCGUUACAAACCAUUUUUUGCAAAAUCUGAACCCGGUGAUGAAGAAGCAGAGUGGGGUCAGCACUCUGUCCAAUCUGGUUCCUUAGAAGUUACUGUUGUUGAGGUCACUAGACUGGCCUCUCUAGGGAAUGGCACUGAAAAUAUAUACUGCUCUCUAGCAAUAGAUCGGACUGCAUGGGUUGAAAUGGUCCAUUCUGAUACAUCCACUUACAUGACACUUGAUGUCAGUAUUGUCAAAUCUCCACAGCAGCAGCUAGGAAUUGUUUUUCGCCAAGAAUUUGUAGCAGACCGCUAUCAGGCCUGUGUCAUUGUUGAUACUGUGCUGCCAGGAUCACCCGCUAGCAACUCAGAUGUACAACCUGGAGACCUCUUAACAGCUGUGGAUGGGAAAAGGAUAUCUACCAUAGCACAAGCUGCAAAAUGUAUGAAAGGAGCGGGUGAUAAAUAUACUUUGAGACUUGAAAGAAAAGUUGCCUUCAACACCUCAUCACCAACCUCAACCUCAGAGACUGAUUCAACUGUGAUACGACCUUCAAAUGUAACUGUAUCUGUCACCAAAGAUUCACCAACAUUAGAUCGUACAGGUUUACGUAAAAGAAGAGUUUCAGUAGAACAAAGUGACUAUGUCGAUAGUGAUAGCAGCACUUCAAGCCCAGCCAACUCCACACAAAGCUCCCCAGCAAAGAAACCAGCCGCAAUGUUUCCUGGCCCGAGCAACUCUUCUUCAACUCCUGGAUCUACCCCAGGGUCAGCUGGAGGGUCAAUAUCCCCAAGUCCAGACCAUCGUAACAAACAACAGGCGCCUGGUGACCAAGGAAACCUUCAGAUGCUUAACACAAAAGAAAUACCUCUGGAUCAGGUGCUUGAUUUCAAUGAAACUCUGAAGUUUGCUGUUGGACCUCACCACCGUUAUCUCAACAUCAGUGUUUGGAGCGCUCGAACUGGUCCUGGAGGAAGAGACCAGCUGCUGGGUCAUGUGAGUGUUCUUCUUGCUGCUGUGGCCGAUCAAUGCAGUCGUUCACGUCUUGGCCAUUUUAUCAGUUCCUACUCCUUCUUGCCACCAGACCUUCAUCUUGCCAACAGCCAAAGUCAUAAAUUGUCAAACCAUUCUGGCUUUGAGCCAUGUCUUUGCUAUGGAGAUGUUUUGUUAUCUUUCAUGUACAUGACACCCAAUGGAACUCAGUCUCCCUCUCCUCCAUUUCCUUCUGGAAGCCCGUCACAUCAGUCAACUGAACCCACAGUUAGCUCAGUAACCAGUCAAGACGCUGGAGUAUUUAGAAGCCAUGACUUCAUUAGAACUCAAUUUCAUCGUGCUAUCCAGUGUGGUUUUUGCAUGAAAAAGAUUUGGCUUAAGGAUGCUGUUCAGUGUCGAACUUGCGGAAUGUCGUGCCACAAGAAGUGUAUUAAUAAGUGCAUGGCGGGCUCAUCAUGUGGCGGUGCACCUCCUCAAUCAGGUAUCACCGUACCGAGCAAACCAAGUGCAGGCAACAGUCCAGCGUCGAGGAAAGCUCAUCGUCAUUCUUUGGGCGAAGCGGAUGUGGCAGGAGCAUUCACAGACCAGAGAAACUUGGCAGCAGGGUCCUCCCACAACUUAGGUGAUGGUGACAGUGCUAGCCAGCCUCGCCGGGCCAGUAUACAUCCAGAAAUAGUCAUGACAUCUGCUGAGGAGGCAGCAAACAUACCCAUCCAGGGCCCUAGCCACAGGAAACGUAUCACCAACUUACUUGCUUCCAUGGCAACCCAAGCACGAGGGCUGAAGCGUGUUGGAUCAGCACAUAAUCUGGCUCCUCCUGGCUCUGAUGGUUCUCAAGGUGCUGGCCAUUUGUCCCGCAGUUUACCUCCUUCACCUCAACACUCUCCAGCUCCAUCUCGAAAGACUUCACUACAUGAGACAGUUUUCCAGUUUAGUGAGCUUGACAGUGGCUCUGAUGAGGAUGCUAGUGCCGAUGAGGAUGUUUCUGUUGCACUGGAACAACUUCUCCAGCUACGACGUCCUACUGGUUCCGGUGGGGCCGCUGGUGCGGGAGAUGACGGUUCUGAAGAUUUGAUGGCUGUAGCAAAAGCAACAGGGAAAGAGCUGUACUCAGGCCUACCACCUACACAGCGCAUAGAGCGUAUCAACAAAAUGAUCACAAAACUUAAAACUUCAAUGGACAGUGAGUCCACACUACGGAUGCAGUUAGCACGAGAAGAAGGUGAUUGUCAAGAUACUGCAGAAAAAACUCGGCUUGCUUUCCUCAUUGGAAAAUGUGAUGAGAAGGUUCAAGCUUUGGCAAUUUUGAUGCUCCAUUUCUGUGCUGGUCUCCAACACACUCAAGAUCAAGAGGAACAGUUGCAGAAACAAGCAUCUAAUCAAAGUGGAGUAACUGCACCUGGCUCUUCUGAAAACUUGAAGUGAAAAGCUGCCAGCCGGUAUGAAGAUGUUGAAACAUGGUGGCAUUGCCUGUAUUAUUAAUAAUUAUUAUUUUUGAAAUGUGGGAAAUGGUAGACUGGUUUCUCACAACUUGGUAACUUUAAGUUAUUUUUCAAGAGAUUUUUCUCGAUUUUUCUUCAUUGAUUACUUUCCUUUUUGAAUCCCACCCUUUGAGAAUGGUGAAAUCCCUCAUUUUCUUCAUGUCACCCUCUCAAGAGAAGGAAGUACUGUGUAUGAAAUUGUCAUGAGUGAAAUGUAUGUGAUAAAUGCAGUGUUAAAUUGAAAGGCUUUUGUGGUGCUUUUGAUUGCCAUUAUGCUUUUCCCCUUUUGGAAAAGCAUAACAAUUCUUUUGUAAAGUAAAAAACAACAACUUUGUUAUCUUUGACAUUUUGAAAUAAGACUAGAUUUUGUUAAUUAAAUAUGUGCCUGGCUGCCUCCGCAUCUUAGGAAUGUCAAUUACUACGAAUGAAUGUAAAUAAUUCACAUUUGAUAUUUUUACUUCAGCUUUGAAGGUUUUGUCCAUCUGUCAGAACAUUGUGGAUUUUGUUCAUCUGUGCUUGCCAAUUGAAUAGUGAUGCCAAUUUGGAAAUACGCUUUGAGGUGUGGUUAGUGUAUCCUGCAUAGAUAUGUUUUAAAUGUGUCAAAAAAACCUUAGUCUGAUGUGUUUCUGUUUUUUUGUUGAUUUUUUUGUAUGUGUGUGUUGUUUAUUCUUUCUUUGUGAUUAUUUUGAGGAUUAACUGGUGCUUAGUACCUAAAGGUGCUUUAUAAGUAUUGCUCCAAUCUCCUUAUCUGCUAUUGUAAUAGCAUACUGAGGUAAUUAUUUAGUAUGUUGGAAGUUUGGUGGCCCCUGUUGUCAUAAUGCUGAUAUGUCUGAUUCCAUUUAAUAUGAUUGCCAGUUUUCCUGUUUACUGAUACAGUCUUCAAUGUACCAGACCUAAAUAGUAUCUAUCCUGGUAUCAUUCCUAGAUCAGUAUUAGUCUUUUACAUUCCCAACUAUUAUCAAUUGAUGUUGGUGCUUUAGAUGUUGUAUAUGGUCUGUGAUCUUGAGACUCUUGCUCUUAGAGGCUUGAAUUUGUUUUACUUGCCAUUAUUAUCUACUUUUCCUCAAUGCUAAUUUGGUUUGCUCUUUGAUUUGCGUACAAUGUUGUUGCACCAGCACAUAUUAGUUGUGAGUGUGUGUGGGAACACAUCCUGUAUAAAAACACCAAUAUGUUAUUGGCUGAAUGAGUGUUGUUUCUGUUAUCACUCUUUGUCUUUUGUUUUUAAUUUGUGGGUAAUUCUGUACUGUUUGGUCAGUUAACUGUGAUACAAGUAGGUGCUGUUGUUCUACAGAAUUUUAUUGGGCAGCUUACUUUUGUUUUCGUUUUACACAUUUAUUGAAAAUACAUAGCAGUCCGUAUUAAUUUUGUUUUAUCUUAAACAUUUGGUUUCGUGAAAUUUUCUUUGAGAAAGGGCAGUUGUUAAAUUCCAUGUCAUAUUUCUGUGAUAUUUUCAUCAUCUCUCACUCUCUUCUCUCUUUCUCUCUUUCUCUCUUUCCCUCUUUCCCUCUUUCCCUAUCUGUGUCUGACAUUUCCUCUGAAAGACCAUGUUAGAUACUGUAUUAUGUAUGUCACUACCAUGCCAUAGAAAGUAAUGAUCCCAUUAAAACUUUUCCCUCUUUUUGGAGAUCCGAUGUGUCUCUUAUCUGUUUUGAAGACAAGUAAUACGGUCUUUAACUGCUGAAUUUUUGAAUUAAAAGUAUACACAUUUGAGCUAUUUUGCACUUAUUCUUUAGAUAGGUUUUUAAAGUACUGUAACCUGCAAUGUUUAUGAGAACUAUUGCAUUAUGAUUAGUGUGGUUACAAUGACUUGUCACGUUGUCAAUCUUUUUAUAGCUAUCCAGCCAAAGCCUGUUAUUUUGUUUUGUUUUGUUUCCUUUUACACAUUUUAACAAUGCUAGUGCUGCUUAAAUGUAACUUUUGUUUUUAUCACAUAGUCAAUUCACAUUGAAAUUGAAGUCUCAUGGUGGACCUUGUAGUGAUAAAAGAAUUGACUGUAAGGAUCCAUCCACAAUGUGUGAUUCAUUUUACCUCCAGCAAAUUUAAUGAACUGCAAGCCUGGAUCUUAAAGUGUAAAAUAGUAGUGCCUGUCAUUUUGAUAUGUAUUAAAUUUUGCACCAUAUUGCCUAGUGAUGUAUAAAAUUGUUGGAAUAAAAAU